AUGCCUUCCCCGAGAUCCAACGAAACACCGUCAGCGGGCCGCACAGAGGAAGCGACAGAGAGUGGUAAUCGCCCGCCAAGCACGCCUGAUCAAGCGAGUGAUGGCAACCAAGCGUCCGCCGAGAUGUUGAAUUCCUACCGGUCCAACACCGACAGACUGUUGGAGUUUCUCUCUCGCAGCAAUGACGAGUCACUUGACCGCCUCUUCGCGCUUGUUCGCGCGGGCGCUUCGCACGAGGCCGUCUUUGACGCCGUCGACCGGUUGUCCCCAAAUGAGCGUCCCCACGGGCAACGAAGAAAUCAACCAAACGGCACAAAUCAUUAG